UGCCUGAAAGCCAGUGUCGUCGUGCUGCUCCGUGCAGAAGCGCUCAUUUCAUUCCAGUGCCUCGGGAUUUCUCGCUUUUGAGUGCGUCUCCGGGCUCAGGGAUGUGCUCUGAGAACAUUCCUCAUAUCCUGACCAGCAUGUGAGAUUGUGUUUGAAGGCAACCAGCGAAUAAAUGGACGAGCAAGAAGAUCCAGGUGACAGCGUGUGCGCUGGAUGUGGAGGCAGGAUUCAGGAUGCUUUUCAUGUCAAGCUCUACAAAGACUUCUGGCACAAUGCUUGUUUUCGGUGCUCCGAGUGCUGCGAUCUCCUGACCAACUGGUACUAUGAGCGGGAGGGAAAACUCUAUUGUGGAGAGCACUACUGGGAGAAAUUCGGGGAGCUGUGUCACGGCUGCUCACUGCUUAUGACCGGGCCAGCUAUGGUGGCUGGAGAGUACAAGUAUCAUCCCGAGUGUUUUGUGUGUCUGAGGUGUAAGGUGGUGAUCGAGGAGCGGGACACGUACACCCUGGUGGAGCGCUUCAAACUGUACUGUGGUAAAUGCUAUAAGCAGGAGGUCUUGGCACCGAUGUUGGAAAGGCGCUGCACAGCUGACUCGUCUCCCGAUACGCUGCCUCACACAGUGACGCUGGUGUCCAUGCCAGCAGCAGCUAACGGGAAGCGAGGCUUUAGCGUUAGCGUACUCCGGGACUGCAGCAGCUCUACAGCCAGCGUGCACGUCAAAGAGGUACGGGGGAUGCUGAUCAGCCCGGAGGUUCGGAAUGCCAUCCAUGUUGGUGAUCGCAUCCUGGAGAUCAAUGGACUUCCAGUAGGAACGCUGAUGGAGGAUGAGGUGGAGGAUCUCAUCCAUCGAACCAGUCAGACGUUGCAGCUGCUCAUCGAGUACGACCCGGUCAGACAGAGACUGGACCGACUUCGCCUCGGCACAUCCAACAACCUCCUGGGCGUUCCUGCCGCGUCACGCCUGCGCCUGUCCUCCCCGACUGACGGAGUGAUUGAGAGGACGGGUAAUGAUGACGGGACACUGAAAAGGAGAUCUCUCAGGCGCAGUAACAGUAUCUGUAAGUCCCCGGGGCCCUGUUCACCGAAGGAGCAUCCGAUUCUGACACGGGACAUCAGCCGCUCCGAAUCGCUCCGAUCCUCCUCCAGCUGCUCCCAUCGCAUUUUCCGACCAUGUGACCUCAUCCACGGAGAGGUGCUCGGGAAGGGCUUCUUCGGUCAGGCCAUCAAGGUCACCCACAAGGCCACGGGAGAGGUCAUGGUCAUGAAAGAGCUGAUCCGGUGUGACGAAGAGACGCAGAAAACCUUCCUAAAAGAGGUCAAAGUGAUGAGGAGUUUAGAUCAUCCGAACGUCCUCAAGUUCAUUGGCGUGUUGUAUAAAGACAAGCGGCUCAAUCUAAUCACAGAGUUCAUCGAGGGUGGAACACUGAAGGACUUCAUUAGAGAUGUGGACCCGUUCCCAUGGAGGCAGAGGGUUAGCUUUGCCAAGGGCAUCGCUUCAGGAAUGUCAUACCUGCACUCCAUGAGCAUCAUCCACAGAGAUCUGAACUCUCACAACUGCCUGGUAAAACUGGACAACACGGUGGUGGUGGCAGACUUCGGUCUGUCCCGUCUUGUCAUGGAGGACAAGGUGAAGCAGCCCCCUCCUGACAAGCCCGCCAAUAAGAAGAGGCUAUUCCGUCGCAUCGACCGCAAAAAGCGCUACACAGUGGUGGGCAACCCGUACUGGAUGGCUCCGGAGAUGCUGAAUGGUAAACGCUACGACGAGAAGGUGGACGUUUUCUCGUUCGGCAUUGUGCUCUGCGAGAUUAUCGGGCAGGUGUACGCCGAUCCCGAGUGUCUUCCCCGCACACUGGACUUCGGGCUCAACGUGGGCAAGUUUACAGAGAAGUUUCUACCUGAAGACUGUCCUCCUGCUUUCUUCCCAUUAGCCGUGGCCUGCUGUGACCUCGCCCCUGACAGCCGACCGGCCUUCCAGAAGCUGGAGGACUGUUUCGAGGCCUUGGCUCUAAACCUCGAGCUCGGGAUCCCUCUUCCGGCAGAACUCGAUGAGCUGCAGCAUAGCCUUUCGAAGCCUAAUGGGCUCAAGAGUGACGAUCUGUCACCAAAAUCCAGCUCUUCUCUGGCGCGCUCCAGCCUGGAGAACAACGCAACGUAGCGGAGGAAGUGAAACUCGUAAAGCUCAAGUUGGCCCUGCACGCAGACUGCAUGGGGCAGUGAACAAAUUGUGACUGACAAGUUUACACGAAUGGAUAUGCUGGAUUCUGUGCACUUGGUGUGUUUUUACAAUGCAUCCACACUGGGGUGCUUGUGUCGAGUCAGAAUAUUGAGGGUCGUUUGAGAGCUGAUGGAUCUUUUGUUGAGAUCUAUUGAGAGAAGCAGAUUUCAUGACUCAAGGAGGUUUUCUAUUUCUUUUUCUCUCAAGGGUAAGGUGGUUGGUUUUUUUUUUUUGGCAUCUCUCUCUCCCUAUUUAUACCUGGAGUGCUUGUAACUAAAGUCAUCAUGAUGAAUCUGUAAAACAAACCCCAAUGACAUGCAGCUGCUAGGAUCAGAAUAAAACUCAUAAGGGUCUUACUAUGGCUUCUGUUGUGCAUCUGUGAGCGUGUGUCGAUCUUUAAUUAUUCACUAAUAUCUUGUCGCAGGAGAGAUUGUUAAAUCACUUGGACGACUCUGUAGCACGACUUUAGAGGUCCUGAUACACAGGCUAUUCAAAUCAGGUGGUUACUGAAUACUGAACUAAAGGCAGCAGUCCAGAUGGUGGUGAUUACUGAACCCUUCUGCCCCCUGGUGGCUGAUGUACAUUAACAUGUGUAUUUUCAGCAGGGCCGAAGACGAAUGACCUGGACAAAAAAACAUGGAUAUUCUAUUUUUUAAAAUAGAGGGAAAAAAAUUAGAAUGGCCUGCCAGAAGUUUCUUCCCCCCCCCCCCCCCCUUUCCAUUUUACUUCCCACUCCUGAGUGAUUGACGAGUCUUUAUCCUGGACAGGUUGUUACAGAUUUUUGUGGGGUUUUUUUUUUCCAAAGCAGCUGCCAGUGCAGUAGCAUUGAUAUUUGUGGAAAAGUACAGAAACUUUAACUGGAGAUAAUUGUGUUUUUGAUAAUGAUGAAUUGUGUCAAUUGUAUAGAAGUUGUUGUAAAUGCGUCCUGUGGGGUAACUGGUUUGCUGACUUUUGCAUUUUGUAGAAUGUAAAACAUUCAUUACUUUCCCCUUGCAUUGACGUUUAAAAAGGUACUUGAUGUGUACAUCAUAACCACUGAUAUUUGUAUGUCCUGUGUUCCUGACUAAUGUUUUCACAAAUAAAUUAAUUACAUGUUG